AUGCCUACCGGUACACUAGAAGUGACUAUUGUCGAGGCACGUAAUUUAAAGGAUAAAGAUUCUGUGGGCCAGAGUGAUCCUUUUGUUGAAGUUUAUACACAAAAACAUUGUAAACAACGCACAGCAACAAUUCAGAAUACACAUGAUCCAGUAUGGAAUGAACGACUUAUGUUCAAUAUACAUGCAGAUGACACUGCAAUAUAUUUUGAUGUUUAUGAUUCUGAUGUUGGUGACAAAGAUUUAAUUGGACAUGCUAAAGUAAAACUUGCCAGUGUAUUUGAUGAUGGCAAAUUCGAUGAUUGGAUCAAGUUGCCUGCUCAUUUGGGCUUGUCUAUUCAUGGGGAACUUCAUGUAAUCAUGAAUUUUACAGUGAGUUAUUUUUGA